AUGCCAGAUAUAGCGAUUCCAAUUGAACCACCGCUAAAAGCUAGUGGUGACCAUUCAGCCAGAAAUGAUUCAGAUGGUGAAGCACUCGGCCAUUGGAAAGCCCCAAUGCUUGGUGGAGAUCCAAACCAGAAGCCCGGAUACUGGGCUCGGCGAGUCCUUCAGCGCCCCUGGGUAAGGGCCAUCCGAUAUUAUGCUAAGCAAGGGGAGCUUCUGCAUUUCCUGAAAUCUCAAUCCCCGGUUCGAGAGCCUGUACUUCGACAGAUCAAGUCUUGGGAUGGGCCAAGGCUAGACGAGAUGAUCAGCGGCAAGAAAGUCAACAUCGAGGCUAUUCACGCCCAAGUGGUCGGUAGGGAUAUGCCGGGAGAUAUGAGCUGCAGCCAUUGCGCUAGGGGGGUUGGUCCUUUCCUAGCCUGCGUCCAGAUCCCGAGUGAGUCUGGGGAGGCUACUGAAUGCGCCAACUGCCACUUCGGCGGCAUAGCUACACGAUGCAGCCUGAAACCAGAAUCAGACUGUGCGACCAGCGUGCAAAAGUGCUACACUCCAAACCAACCUUGCACUCCAAACCAACCUGUCCCAAUUCUCAACCAGGAGGAAACCAAUACACCGGAUGGCACACACCCAUCCUCAACCACGGACCACAGUCCAGCGGAGCCCCUACCUUAA